AAGAAUCACUGAGCUUGUGCCAAGAUAUCAUUACCAAGCUAGUGGGAGUGCUUUUGAAUUUCUCAGACCUUCAUGAUCAAUUCUGUGUAGCUUGCAGCAAUGUUGGCAUGGUCCAAAUUUUUGUUGAGAUGACAAAAGAACUCAAAGAUGCAAUUUCUCACAAUGUAAAAUUUGUGAAUCCCCAAACACAGCAUAUAAAAAAUUUCACAGUACGAGGCAGAAUGCUUUCAAAUAUCUUAGGAGUGCUUCAUAACUUGUCUAAACGUGUACCUACCAGGGUGAACUUUGCUGCUUGUCAGGCAUUAGAUACACUCAUUCCUCUUCUUAAGGCUGAAGUGGCUCUUUUUGGUGCCAAAUGUUUGCUUAUUUUGGCUUAUUUAAUUGAUGAAAGUAACAAUCACAUGAUCAUGGCAGAUGAAGGUCCCAUCAAACUUCUUACAAACUUGCUAAAGAUGUCCUUGUCAUAUUCAAAUCAUAGAUGUAUUGGCUUCUCUUCAUCAGAGCUUGCUGAAGGAUUGACACAAAUUGCAGUCAAUGAUAACAACAAGAAAAUGAUUGCUAAAUGUGGAGCCAUUCAAAUUCUUGUAAGGAUGCUCCAAACUGCAAAAGAUAAUGAGGAGAAACUCAAUGCAUGCAAUGCGUUUUGGACCUUGGCAUUUGAUGAGGAAAAUCAGAGGGAAAUUAAAGCCAAUGAACAGGCCAUAAGUGAACUUGAGAAACUUCUUACUGAUGAGAACAUUGAAAUACAGCGAGCUGCUGCUGGUGCACUAUGGGAAUGCAAUGGGAAAGAAAGAUAUGCUGAGGAAAAAAAGCAGAAAGUUGGAUUGCAACAGAUAACAGACGCCAAGCACGUUAUGAUCAGUUACCAAUGGGAUGUACAAAAACUCGUGAUUCAGAUCAAGAACAAACUUGAAGCGGACGGCUUCAAGGUUUGGAUGGACAUCGAUGAGAUGGGUGGCUCCACUCUGGAAAGUAUGGCCAAGGCUGUGGAAAAUGCAAGUGUGGUGUUGGUGUGUGUGUCUCAGAAAUAUAAGGAGAGUCCUAACUGUAGAUCAGAGGCAGAGUACACAUAUCAGCUACGCAAAGACGUCAUCCCUUUGAUGGUGGAUGGUAAAUACAGACCUGAUGGUUGGCUCGGCUUCAUUGUAGGAUCCAAAUUCUGGAUUGACUUCAGUGAGAAACAUAAACUGGACUCUAAUGUGACCAAACUUGUGAAAGAACUGGGAACCCGUGGAAAAAUUGAGGUGGUGGAAUCCAUUGUUCAAGCCGCGGUUGAGGAUGUUGUGGACGCCUCGCCUCACCCCUCCAUCAGAUCGUGGACAUGUAGUGAUGUGAAAACCUGGCUUAAGGCCAUAGGACUAGAGAAUAGGUUAGAUUCAAAAGCCCUGCAAAGACUUGAUGGUCGGAGAUUACAACGCCUGCACGAUCUUAGAAAGGAGAGUCCGGAAUUCUUUUACUCUUCCAUCAAGACAGAUUUGAAGCUUGGUAAUGUGUUUGAUGUUCUAGACUUUGUCGAUGAGUUGGAAAAUUUAAUGGAAUAAACUCCGCAAGAUUCCGUGAUCACACGAAGAAACAGUAGUGCGCAUUCUGCUAAGCCCAACUAUAUGCUACUCACGCAUAAUGCACAGGCUUCGAAGGACUCAAUUCCCAGUCCAGGUUAAGUAGAGAACGACAGUUCCAACCCAUGGAAAGACCGUACGGUUAAGAAGUCGAAAAACAGCGGGAAUAGACAAAAGUGUAAGACCGGCGAUGAUGUCCUGACAAGAAGCGUCAGGAAAACAACCAGAGUAAUGAUAAAUAAAUCUCUAGCUGAAAAGUAGAGGUUUUUCCCUAAUAAAAGAACAAGAUUGUCUGAUAUCAUGAAUUUUAAAUCAUGGAACAUCUCUGGGAACGUAUUUGAUGGUGUAUUGGCGACUUCGAUCAGUUUUGAAAUGUUCUCACCAUCUGGAUGUUCUUUCAACAGAGACGCCAAAAACGCGCUUUCUCUCUUCCAUCAGCCUAGCUGUUGCCGAUUUGCUGAUUGGGAUUUUAACGCAUUAUUUAUAUCGAUUCUGACGUUUGUACAGACCUAACUUCCACCUACACUCAUGCUGUCAUUUCCUUGGAGAGAAUGUUUUCCGUCGGUUCGACUCGUGAUUAACAAACCGGACUCCUGCUUCGCGGUCGUUCAAUUUGUCUAGUCACUCGUAUGAUUACAGACCAAACUGGACUCCACUCGGUCCUAUUACCUUUAUUAAUCGUCCAAGUAUCGUUUUUGAUAUUGCCUUUUUUUCUUACUAUGACAAAAAUGCUUCCAAAUAUUUUAAAAACCCCAAUCAUAUGUUA